GCCGUCUAUUUUUCGAAUUGAAUUUUCUUCAAUUUUAACCAAUCAGACGAUGGGGCCGUCCGAUAAUGGCAGGCACGGCAGGAUUUUCAGCCCAAUGAGACUCGCAGGCGGCCCUUUUGUCCCGCCUCGUCGCAUCUUGGCAGCAUAAACCCCAGCCAAAACUCCCCCACUUCUUCAGACAUGGCCCCCAUGCUUAGCACCACCUUGACCACUCGCAACCACGGGCACUGCACCUCGACUCGCUCGAGUCUCGCAUGGAUGCAAUGCAGCAGCAGUGGCCAUCCCACAGCUGCCCAACCAGCCCUCGACCCUCGACCGACUUACCGCUCGCUCGGCCUGAAUUCGUGCAGUGUCUCACGUCUUUCGCACACCCACACUGCUAUUAUUAUACCACCCUGGGCAGGCCAGCGUGCUGCACCAUGGCAGAGACUGGCCGGCCCAAGUCAGUUGCUGCAAGUGCUCUGCAAGUGCCGGAGACCUGACUUUGGUUGAACCGGGCUCACUGUGAUCGAGCUCGAAGCACCCGGCAACGGCGCCCCGUUCCCCUCCCUCAUCCCCCAAUAUCACACAUAUUGGCCCUGGACCCUGCCGGCCACGCACCUCUC